GAUGAGGUCAACGUUCGAAGGUUGGAGGAGAAUGGCAUAUUUUGAGGUGGAGGUGACAAUGCCGAGAUGCGCACAGUAGUGUGAAUACAAUACAAAUCAGGUUUAGUGGGAUCACUUAUAACUAAUACAGGCCUAGUCAGCCACAUUUGCGAGCCAAAAAUCACUCGAGGCCACGCGGUUCAGCGGGGGCCCGCCACUCAGCAGACCUGAUAUAGGAAAUGUUGACGAAUAGCAUAAUCCCAAAACCCUCCAAUUGCGACUUAGUAAGUCUACAUCAAUAACCAUUGGCAGCUUUCCAUUUUUCUGCAGUCUUCAGCUCUGCCGCGAUGAACUCCUGAUAUGAGGGCGCUGCCGCCGAGGUAGGUGAUGGCGGUGAUGGCGGUGAUCGUGGAAGACCGAGUCGGGUGUAGGUUUCUUGUGCCCAUUGCCAAAUUGCACCCUUCGUGCCGCCAUGAUUUGCUGAAUCAAGUAUGUGCGAGAAAAGCCGAUACUGAAGGAAUGCAGCGUAGGCGGACGAGGAAAGGAAGAAGCAAAUGGUGAAAGAUCCUCCUAAAACGGCGAACAGCCCUAAUGCUGGAACGAUUUGUGAGGAAAGAGAGGGGGGGGGACACAAGCAGUCAGCGAAACGGUUACAAAAAGGAUACAGGAAGGAUCAAGUCCCCAGUUCAGGACGAAUCAACGAUAGGUCACCAAGAAAUCAUGAAAGCAUGGCGGCCAAGACAAAGCGAGCACC